AUGGAGGGAGAAAUGAUUUCAGCAGUUGAAAGAGAUGGGAAGCAGUGUGAUCAUAAUCUAUCUGAUCUGCCUCAGCAUGUAAUGGAAUACAUAUUUGCAAAGCUUCCAUUACACUCAAUCUCCUGCUCUCGCCCAGUUUGUAAAGAAUGGAACGCUACGUUGUCAUCUCCUAGCUUUCUCUCUUCAUUGUCCAAUCCAUGGUUGCUUCUCUGUGGUGAUGGGUAUUGUAUGGCCUACUGUUUUUCCAUGCAAAAAUGGAUUAGUCUCUCUCUCUCAUUCCUGCCAUGUCCCAUGGGGAAUGAUUACACUCUUUUUAUAUUAUCAACUUCAAUGGUGGGACUGCUUCUACGAUACUCCCUGGAAUUAUAUGUUUGCAAUCCGCUCACGGGAAUUUAUAAAGAAAUAGAUUUAGAUGUGAAUUGCAGGGUCAUGGGAAUUGUACAAGGAAAUGGAGAGCCCUAUUUGGUAGUAAAGUUUAAGGACAACUGGAGCUCUAAUGUUUCCAUACAAAUUUACCAUUAUUUUCAAGAUUCAUGGCGGAUUAAGUUUGAGUCUUCAGUUGAAAUGGGGAUUUCUAUAUAUCAUGAUGAAAUGGUUGAGUGCGAUGGGGUCCUUUUUUGGAGCAAGUGUCCUAUUGGUAUUGUAGCUUGCAGUAUCCAAGAUGAUAGUUUUACUAAAGUGAGAAUAGCUGAAUUCUCAUUUGACCACAUCAUUGGAGAUAAUGAUUAUCGAUCAUUUAUGGUUGCAUAUGGGUCGUCGGUUCUGGUGGUAAUAGUAGUAAUUGAUGAUCUGUUACAGUCUGUAAAUUUAGUUAUAUUGGAGUUGUUUCGGGAUAAAGAAGAUCCAUUGUUUUGGAAAUGGAGAUUAUUUGCAAGGAUUCCUCCUCCUUCUAUCCCUCAAUAUUUUGAGAUAAACUAUGGAAGUAGCUGGCAGUUGGAGUGUGUUCGUGUGGGGGACUACCUGUACUUUAGCAGUGUGGAAGGUAAAGAUUGUCCAAAGAUAGCUUCAUAUAAUUUAAGGGAAGGAUUUUGGCAAUGCCUUCCUCAAUGUCCAGGCACAAACUUUUCCAAGAUGAUGUCCUUUGAACCUAAGCUGAUAGUGUAG